AUGGCGUACUGGUGGGGGUCGUGGCGGGAACCGAGCAUUUAUGAAAUGGCUGAAGCGGGGGAUACGUUGCUGCACGUCGGCGAUAUUGAGCCGACCGUGACAGAUUAUGUUCUGUUCGAUACGUUUUCCCAGGAAGGUCAAGUGAGUUCUGCCCGUAUUUGCAGAGAUACGAUCACCGGGAGAUCUCUUGGCUAUGGCUACGUUGGCUUUCACUAUUCUCGUGAUGCACAAAGAGCAAUAGAGAUGAUGAACCGCACUGCUAUUAAUGGAAAAGAGAUUAGAGUUAUUUAUCAUGUCCAUGAUCCAAGUCUUCUUCGAAAGCGCAGUGUUGGUAGAAUAUUUAUAAAGAAUCUUGAAGAGUCCAUCGGCCACAACGCACUCUACGACACAUUUUCGAGCUUUGGGUCCAUUCUCAGAUUCAAAUUAGCUACUAAUAAUGAUACUGGUCGGUCAAAAGGCUUUGGCUUUGUACAGUAUGACAAUGAAGAAUCAGCUCUCAAGGCCAUUGGUUAUUUAAAUGGAAUGCUUCUAAACGAUAAGGCAGUAUACGUUGGACCGUUUCUUCAGAAAGAGUCUCCAUACGAUAAGGGGUUCUUCACUGAUGUAUAUGUUAAGUAUCUCUCCAAGUCAUUGGCUGAUGAAGAGCUUGCCAAUAUUUUUGGAGAGUUUGGACCGACAACGAACUGUUUGAUCGUAAGGGAAGGUGAAGUUCGUCACGGAAAGUCUAGAGGCUAUGGCUUUGUUAGCUUUGAACAUCCAGAAGAUGCUGAGAAAGCUGUUGAGGCUUUAAACGGGGAGAAGUUUGGGGACAAGGAGUGGUUUGUCACGAAAUCAAAAAUGACAUAUAAGAAUGGAUAUAAUUUCAGAAGAGGUUUGAAAUAUUCCAUCAACAUAUCUAAGGGUUUGAACUACUUGUGUGUUAAGAAGCUGCAUAAAAGCGUAACUGAUGAAACCCUCAAAGAGUUUUUCUCUCCCUAUGGAAGUAUAACAUCAUGCAAGGUCAUGCGAGACUCUAGUGGAGUGAGUAGAGGAUCAGGGUUUGUUGCGUUUUCGAAACCUGAGGAAGCAUCUAAAGCUAUGGAGGAGAUUAAUUUGAAAAUGAAGAUAAGAAAACAAGCUUACGUGGAUCUAGCUAUAUCACUUGCAAAUGCAACUCCUGAACAACAGAGAACCAUGCUAGGUGAGAGUCUUUACCCAAUGGUGGAACAACUUGAGCCAGAGGCAGCAGCGAAGAUCACAGGAAUGCUUCUCGAAAUGGACCAAACCAAAGUUCUUGACUUGCUUGAAUCCUUCGUUGCUCUCGAAUCCAAAGUCGCAGA